AUGACGUCGCGCUGCGCGCCGAUCCGCGCGCUCGACGCCGCGACGACGCGUCGACCGACGUGCGCGCGAUGUCGCCGCGCGUUGGUGGCGUGCGCGUGUCGCUCGGUCGCGCGCGCGCUCGGUCGGGCCGGGAGAGUCGCGAACUCGACCAACAUUUACAUCCUGCAAGACCGCGCGGAGUUUCGACGCGCCCUGGGAAGCGCGAUCGUCUGCGAACUCGCGCUGGAUAAAUGCGAGGUGCGAGUGCUGUUCGAUGACCUUCGAGUGCGAGGACGGGACGUGAAGGCGCCGUUCGCGGAGGAGGACGCCGCGCGGUGGGGGGUGCUGUGGCCGUGCGACGAGGCGGUCGACCUGGCGGCGCACGCGCGGGACGCGACGACGCGACGGUUGGAGAAUUUGAUCGUGCUCGAUUCCACGUGGCAUCGCGCGCGAGCGAUGUAUCACCGCGUGCCGUGGUUGCAGCGCUUGCGCAAGUUUCAAAUAGAGCCGCGGCGAAAGUCAAACUAUCGCAUCCGAAAGCAACCCAACGAUUUGUGCCUGAGCACCGCGGAGUGCGUCGGCGAGGCCUUACUCGCGCUCGACGGUGAAAACUGCGGCGCCGAGCGCGUCGCUCAGGCGUUCGACGCCAUGGUUGACGAUCAACUCGACGCCGAGAGGGCCGCGUACCAUCGCGGCGCGCGAGAGCGCGGCGCGCCGACUCGCCCGCCGAGCGCCGUUCUCGCGCGCGAGCGCGACCUGCGCUCGCCGCCGCCGUCCUAA